GCUAAUGCCGGUGAGGACAAGCCUAAUGGCGGUGAGUACAAGGUUACUGGCGGUGAGGACAAGGUUCUUGGCGGUGAGGACAAGGUUCCUGGCGGUAAUGACAAGGUUCCUUGGGGUGAGCACAACGUUUAUGGCGGUGAGUACAAGGUUACUGGCGGUGAGAACAAGGUUCCUGGCGGUGAGGACAAGGUUCCUGGCGGUGAGGACAAGGUUCCUGGCGGUGAGGGCAAGGUUCCUGGCUGUGAGGACAAGGUUCCUGGCGGUAAGAACAAGGUUCCUGGCGGUGAGGACAAGGUUCCUGGCG